AACGGACCCGCCAAAUGCAAAGGUGUGCUGGGAUUUAUUUACAUUUUGAUUGCUGGAUUUUAAACUUGUGUGUGUGAAACCAUAGUUUUAACUUCUGUUCAGUGCUCUUAUUAUGUGAUCAUGGCCUUGUGUAAGCCAAAGUUUGGAGUUAAACGAAAACCACUGAUGAGAAGGUGUGAGGAAAACAUUAUUCGGACAUUAACUUAUCACGAUUCAGAUGAAGGAAGUGGCCAGGAUGAUUCAAGUUUAGGAUCGAGUCCUAUGUGUUCACCGGAGCGAAAACAUUUAUCAUACAGACAUGACGACCAGUCAGAGUUUCUAGAGUUGGACAUGCCAGAGUUUGCAAUGAUUUCUAGCCCGAAGUCUACGAGGAGGUUUCAGAGACGGCGUGCUAGAUUCUCACCUGUUUUGGGUUUGGAAGACGUCGAAGAAGAGGCACAACAGGUUCCGGGUUCAGAGGUCAUGAGCCCAGAUUCACCACCCCACAGGAAACUCCGGGCUCUCCGAUUGUUCGACACCCCCCACACGCCCAAAUCCUUAUUGGAGAAUUCAAGAAAACGCAGGCCCACUGGUGAAAAACCCAAGAUUGCUAUAGACAGACCCCAGGCAAACGUAAACCCUUUCACCCCGGGUGGCCCCCAGUCAGACCAGAAUGACUCAGGCUACUGUGGCAGUGGGAAACGCAGCCGGUCAGACUUGGAAAGGAGUAUUCUUGAUGAUUCACUGGAAGAAGAACUGGAUAUUGACAUGCCGGCAACCAAGAAACUGGCAUUACACGAGAUCAACACCUCUAGAUACAAUGAAGAAUUUCAUGAAGUGUGCAAGCUUGGCGAUGGUGCUUUUGGAAGUGUAUAUAAAUGUGUACAUAGACUUGACGGCUGUACAUACGCAAUAAAGAAGUCGAAGACCCCAGUUGCAGGCAGUGUUUAUGAACGUAAUGCGUUGAAUGAGGUGUAUGCCCAUGCUGUGCUAGGUAAACACCCACACGUCGUGCGCUACUACUCUGCCUGGGCUGAAGAAGACCACAUGUACAUACAGAAUGAAUACUGCAAUGGUGGCAGUUUAGCAGAGAGCCUGGAGGAGAACAGACAACGGGGGAGCCACUUUUCCGAGGCCGAGCUAACCCAGAUCUUGUAUCAACUGGCACAAGGGCUGCGCUACAUCCACUCACAGAACCUUGUACAUCUUGAUAUCAAGCCUGGGAAUGUUUUCAUCCAUCGGAACCCUAAACUCCUACAGUCACCGGAGAGUGGGCUGGAGUCAUGUGAAGAGGAGGAAGAGUUUGAGGAACCCAUUCUCUACAAGAUUGGUGAUCUUGGUCACGUGACGUCGAUGUUUAACCCGAGCGUAGAAGACGGAGACUGUCGAUACCUUGCCAACGAGAUUCUACGCGAAGACUACGACCACUUGUCCAAGGCUGACAUCUUCUCGCUGGGACUGACCAUCUUUGAACUGGGUAGCGGGAAAGAGCUGCCGAAGAAUGGUGACGAGUGGCAUGCCAUACGGCGGGGAGAGCUACCUAUCCUUCCACACUACUCCUACGCACUGAACCAUCUCCUUAAGAGUAUGGUGGCCCCUGACCCCCGUGACCGCCCCACCGCCCUGGCCGUUACCCAACACUCUGCCCUCUGUUCCACUGGCAAGAAGUCUCGUGCACAGCUACGCAAGGAACUCAACGAGGAACGAUUUAAGAACCAACUGCUAUCACAGAAAUUAGUGGAAGCUACCAAGUGUUUAACUGAGAACGGUACGAAGUUCGCCUUGCCAAAACUGACGGUGGGAAACCCCCGAUUGAUUGGAAAACAGAUGAAAAGAAGCAUGAGCUUGUCUGCGUUUUAACGUUUUUGGCGUGUAGAAUAUCUGCAAACAGAUUAGAUAACAAAUUGUGCUUUUAAAAAUUUGAUACACUUUGGCAACUUUUGUGCUGCUUUAAUUAAGAACAGUCUGAUUCUUGUGAAAAAUGUCUUGAAAUAGUUUGAUAAGAUGGGCAUUACUUUGCAGGUUAUAUGUAAUACAAUCUGAAUCUUGUUAAAAAAAACAUCAGUAAGGCAAAAGUUUUCUUUUAUUUUUUGUGACUUAGACCUACACAACAAAAAGUAUGAAAAUAAAUAUUAUCUUUAAAAAAACAUAUUUUCAUUCGUUUGUGGCUGACAACACUGCGGAACAGUCUGAGCACGAUAUUUUUCAUUAGAUUGUCCAUAUCGACUCAGUUCUUUUGGUAAUUUAGAAAACAUUGUUUUGUUGAAGAAUAUUAAGCCAUGGUAUAUUUAUAUGACAACCAAAUUACAGAAUGCCUUACCAUUCCUAAUAAGUAUUAAAAACAAAUUUUAUCUCGGCCAAACGGGCACUUAUUUUUCAAAUUGUUGAUUUUUAUUUUCCAUCCUGUGGACAAUCAAUUUUAAAAGUUAUGAGUAACAAAAACUAAAAAUAAACUCACAUCAUCAUAAACAAUUAUUCUUUUAUAGGGCAUUAGACUAAAUUACAUUUGAUAAACUAUUAACCAUAGUUGGUACUAUUCAUUAUAAACAUAUUCACAUUUAUUAUGCUGUCUUUAAAUGCAGAUUACGCUGCGUGCUUAUGCUUACCCAUAAAACGAACAUUGAGAGUCCUACUUAAAUUGUGAAAUUGCUGCAAACUUUGUAAGAAACCAGAAUUAUUCUUCUUGUAAAUUAUUGCAACAGUAUUGACAUAAUUUAAUGAUACGGACCAAAAAUGUUAUCUCUGAAAUUUGUGCUGUUUUCUUGAAAUCUUACAAUUUGUACAUAAGGGGAGUUAAUCCAUGGUGUAUAUAGCUAAUCUCUGGUAGCAGUGCUUCCAAAACAUGUGUUCACUCUGUGUGCUAAAAGACUGGGAAAUUGUAAAGGAGACAUUCUAUUUCUAUUUACCGAAAGCAUUAUAUUUCUAUGUAUACUUUGACAUUUCCUUACAUUCUGAUAUUAAUUAUGUGUUUUUCUUCGGUAUCGGUCAGAGAUGGUGAGAGCAAAUCUUUUAUUAUGAUUAUAAUACUUUUUGGCGCAAUUUUUUCAAUACAACACUAUAUCGUAUGAUCAUAUUUUUGGGGGGAUUUUUUUAGCAAUUCUAUUUCUUAACCAUAUGGAAACAGUUAAGAAAUGUUUAUUUUAAAAAAUAUUUCAAUUUAAUCUGGAAUUUCUUAAUCGUACGAUAUUUUGUUUUACAAUCGUUGAGAAAAUUGUCCCGUAAUGUACAUAAUUGUAUAAAUGAAAACAAUCACCGUCCCUGACCGACAUUGGCACUUUGUAUGAUAGAUAAGUUGCAAGUUGUGUUUUCUCGUAAGACUCGUGUGUAAUACACUUGUUUGUGUGCGUGCUUGAUUGAUUUGUCUGUGAGAAAGAUUAAUUACCAUAUAUGUUUCUUGAAAUAAUAAAUAAUAAGAAAAAAUCAUGGAAAUAAAUUUCAUUUAAUCAUUAAUGUAUAUUUUUAAAUCAUUUAUGGAAACUUGUUAAACAAAAAGGAAAGAUUUAAUGAAGGAAUACUCAUAUGUUUUUUAAUUUAAAAAUCAUGAGAUGGAUUUUCUUUUUUUUUGUUCGGUAUAGAAUUUCGUUUAAUCAUUGAUCAAAUUAUGUAAAAUUGAAAGAUGUGAAUUGUUGAAUGAAUGAAUGGAUAAUUUUCUUGAAUUUAAAAAAAUAAUAGAUGACAGGACACAAUUUCGUUGAACCAGUGUUAACAUUUGCAUUAAAAUACUGUGCAUGAAAUAAGUAAAAUGUUAUAUUUUUGGACCCGAAAAACACUAUUGCCAUAAUGGAAGUAACUUAGAAAACAUUAUUUAUUGAUUAUUUGUUCACAAUAAUUGAUCAAUUGUUUUCUUUUUACACGAGAUUGCUUUUAAAUAUUACAUAACCAUGACCUACAAUUUAUGAAUAUUUAUAGAAAAAUGAAAAAAAAUUGUUACUGAAAGUUUGUGCACUUAAGAUUUUAAUUAAUAUUUUCACAUUUUAUGAACACUUUUUGGAAAUUGUUAAUUUUAGAAAUUUAAUACUUUGAGGAUCCUUUUCUCAAAUUGUUUUCAUUCUUGUUCUUUAAGAUUUGUAUUUACUCACUGCUUUUAAAAAAAUGUUUGCAAUUCUAUAGUUGAUUAAAAAUUAUUUUUUUAUCCUUUAACAGUCAUCGAAAUUAGACUUUUGAAUGAACAAGCCCGAAUUCUUAUACUAUUGCUUGGCAUCAAAUUUUUUAACAAGCCCUGCUAUAUAAAAUGCAGAAUUUGAGCAAGCCCGGAAGACAUUUACUAGUACAGGGCUUGCGGGCUUGUGCUAAUUUCGACCACUGCUUUAAUCAAUUGUAAAGUUUUAAACAUUUCUUAUUUUUGUUGACAAGAAGUCAAAAUCCAAUAGAAACAAUGAUUUUUCUUUAAAAUGGUACAUGAUAUAUUCUGUAAUUUCUUAAACCACUCACUAACUAUGGUAUUGGAAAAAACUCUUCUUUCUUUGUAUAAGCUUUACAAAUUUUACAACAUGAUAAAAUAUUAAAGAAAUUAAAUGUAAAUUUAAUUUUUCCACAUGUGUUCAUUAUAAGAUGUUUUAUGUUGUUCAAGGCAGAAAAAAAAUCAUUUAAAAAACCCAUAAGAAAACAUGUCUUGCUCAACUAAUUUUAUUUUUACACAACCAUACUCCAUUAUUUUUCUUGCUUGAAUGAGUGUUCCACUGUUUGUGUUUAUUCUUAGGUGUUUUUCAGUGCUUUUCUUAUGUAAAUUGUUCAUGUAAAUUACUUCCAUUUGUGAUAACUUGCUGUUAGCAUGUGAUUAUUAUAUAGAUUUAUGUGUAAAUAAAGAUUUUGAAU